AUGGGCGCUCAAGGACAAGUUCGCCCAACACUUCCUGGUCUCAGAAAGUUGCUCCCUCAUGAGAUUGAGCUGUUAAAGUCUUUCUAUCCUACCGUCGAGACCAAGGUCCCUGCCAAGGUACGACCGCAGAGCGAUGAAGACUUCCAGAAGUGGUGCUGGGGCUGGAGUGCCGGACUUAAGUUCAACCGGGAUGUCCACAAUCAGUGGUGCAACUUCGUGACGUUAUUGUCGAGUCCCAUGCAGGUUGCUCUCAGAAAUGAGUCACUCACCGAUCACCAGUCCAAGGAGCAAGAAUACGACAAAGCAUUCGGUCGAUGGAGGGCUUAUCAGCGAAAGGUUGCUAUUGCUAAGAAAGCAGAACGAGAAGCCGCCGCCAGUGAGCAGCGUCAAUCUGAUUUAGCGAAGGAAGUAGGACUCACCACACAGCAUAAUGCUGAGCAAGGCGAAUACAACGAAGACUUCCUUCAAGCCGAAAACGAUGUCGAAGCAGGUGCGGAAGAAUAG